UAGAGAGAGAGAGAGAGAGAGAGAGAGAGAGAUUCUUGGGUAUUUCCCUCCAUAUUCUCUCUCUCUCUCUCUCUUUAAAGGCAUUGCCCUUUUCACCUUAUCUACUUCUCCUAUAUAACUAAGGUUAGAAAGAGAGAGAAAGAAACCAUUGUUGAAUACUCUUUCUUUCUAAUUCCCCCUUGUUCUCUUCUCUCUCUCUUAAGGCAUUGCCUUUUUCACACCCAUCUUUCUCAUUCCAAAAUAAAAACUGAGAGAGAGAGAGAGAGAGAGAGAGAGAGAGAGAGAGAGAGAGAGAUGGGUGGUGUGCUUGUGCAGGUUCUUGGGUUCUGCUUCUGGGCAUUCAUGUGGUUUGCUGGGUCAACAGUGAUUGUGAAUCCCACAACAACACCAACACCAAGUGCAGGUGGUGGUGGUGGUGGUGGUGGAAAUCAGCAGCCUGGCCCUGCCGCCGCGGCGGCAGCUGCAGCAGCUGCCAUCGCCGUCGACGGAACGAAGGCCGUCGCGACAACCGACGGCGACUUCGUCUGCGCAACCCUGGACUGGUGGCCGCCGGAGAAGUGUGAUUAUGGGACCUGCAGCUGGGGCCUUGCCUCCCUACUCAAUUUGGAUCUGUCCAACAACAUCCUACUCAAUGCUGUUAAAGCAUUUUCACCAUUGAAGCUUCGACUUGGCGGUUCCCUGCAAGAUAAGCUGAUAUAUGACACAGGGGAUCCUCAGCAACCAUGCAAUCCAUUUGUGAAAAGCACUUCUGACAUGUUUGGUUUCUCAGAAGGUUGCUUACCUUUGCAUAGAUGGGAUGAGCUCAAUGACUUCUUCAGAAAAACCGGGGCUGUGAUAAUCUUCGGAUUAAACGCGUUAAACGGCCGCAUUCGUUUGCGGGAUGGUUCACUAGGAGGACCUUGGAACUCCACCAAUGCCGCGUCUUUUAUUCAGUAUACCGUCGACAAGGGUUACACCAUCCAUGGCUGGGAACUCGGAAAUGAACUCAGUGGCUCCGGAGUCGGGGCUCGAAUCGGUGCCGACCAAUACGCUGCGGAUGUCAUCACCCUCAAAUCAAUCGUCGAUACUACCUACCAAAGCUCCUCAUCAAAGCCAUUAGUGCUCGCACCGGGCGGGUUCUUCGAUGCGAACUGGUUCAGCGAGCUCAUUAGCAAGACAAAACCAAAUUACUUGGAUGCAAUCACUCACCACAUUUAUAACCUGGGCGCAGGUGUCGAUAGCCGUCUGAUCAACAGGAUCCUCGAUCCUUCGUAUCUCGACAGCGAGAUAAGCACAUUUCGCAACUUGCAGGGGAUACUUAAAGCAUCAGGGACUUCAACUGUUGCAUGGGUCGGUGAGGCUGGGGGUGCUUAUAACAGUGGGCAUCAUCUUGUCACUGAUGCAUUUGUGUUCAGCUUCUGGUACUUGGAUCAGCUUGGAAUGGCGGCAAAGUACGACACGAAGAGUUAUUGUAGACAGACCUUAAUCGGUGGAAAUUACGGCCUUCUCAACACGACGACUUUCGAACCAAAUCCCGAUUACUACAGUGCUCUGUUAUGGCAUCGAUUGAUGGGGACGAACGUCCUCUCAGUGAACUUCAAGGGCACGAACAAGAUACGGGCAUAUGUGCAUUGCGCGAAAGAAUCUAAUGGAAUUACAGUGCUAUUGAUCAACCUUAGUAGUGACACCACAACGCAAGUGUCCGUCGCGACCGGAGACGGCGUUGACAAUGUCGCCCGCGAUUCAAUCCACAAUGGCCAGGGUUCGAGAAAAUUAAGUCGUACACCGCGACUCACGAAGGAGAAUGGAGUCACAAGAGAAGAAUACCAUCUAACUCCUAAGGAUGGAAAUCUCCAUAGCCAAACUAUGCUACUAAAUGGGAAUGCAUUAUCUGUUGAUUCAGAUGGGAAUAUUCCUGAGUUAGAACCAGUUGAAGUGGAUGCAACACAACCUAUAAGUGUAGCACCGUAUUCUAUUGUGUUUGCUCACAUUCCCAACUUUGAUGCUCCUGCUUGUAGGUAGAUGUCAUUUGUUGAAGGAUAUUUCUAUUUAUAAUACAUAAAAGGAUGGGCUACAAAGUAGUCCAUUCUAUUCAGGCCCUAAGGUUUUGAGAGGGUUUGAGAGAGUUGUUAUUCAAUGAAAAAAAAAAAAAUCUUCGAGCAAAAAUGAAUGAAAAUGAAGUGAAAUUAAGAAGA